AUGAGUUCAACAGGAUAUGACUUGCCUCAUGACUUUUAUCAACAAUUAACUUUGAAAUAUAAUGAAGCUAUAACCAAUGGUCAUAUUAAAUUCAAUGGAGAAUCCAAAGAAGAAGAAUUAAUUCAUAAUGAAAAUAUCGAUGUGGUAUUAACUCUUUUACAUUCGUUACAAUUCAGACCUGAACAAGGCACAAAGGAAACUAAUCCCUUUGCUAAACCUGAACCUGAAUUAACUAUCAUUGAUAAUUAUGGCAACAAUAAUGAAUUUAGAAUCAUCUUUAAUAAAUUCCCUGUUAUUGCCAAUCAUUUCAUGAUUGUAACUCAAAAAUUCAAAUCUCAAUUGACUCCCUUAUCAUUAUCAGAAUUAAAAGCAACUUAUAAAACUUUAACUGCUUUGAAAGUAUCUGCCAGUGAAGAUGAUUGGUUUGCAUUUUAUAAUUCGGGUCCUCAAAGUGGUGCAUCUCAACCUCAUAAACAUAUUCAAUUCAUGACUUUACCUCAUCAAAAGGGGUUUAAAGUGUUUGCUGAGAGUUUAGCAGAUACUUCUGAAUCAUUCAUCCCCAAUGCUAAACGUGAUCCAUUACAAAAUCCAAAUUUACCCUUUGCUCAUUAUGUGGUUAAAUUACCUAAUGUGAUUGAUGAUUUAGAUGAUUUAGCAUUAUAUUUCGGAUCAUUGAUUCAAUCAACGUUAAAUACCCUUAGACAAAAUGAUUCUCAUGAUAUCUCAUAUAAUUUCGUUAUGACUACAAAAUAUAUGUUAAUGGUUCCAAGAUCAAAUGGGAAAUAUAAAGAUAAACUUGGGAUAAAUUCAUGUGGAAUCAUUGGAUUAAUUCUUUGUAAAGAUGAUGAAUUAUUACAAUUAGUAAAGAAUGAUGGUCCCUUAGCUAUAUUAGAAGCAAUAGGAUAUCCCAAUACUCAUGGUCAAUCAUCUGAUGAAUAUAAUUAUUAG